AUGCUUCACCUUCUCCUUGGAGUUAACGAUGAUCUUAUUGCUGCUGAGGCGAAAUAUCACAAGAACUGUUAUUCGCUUUAUACUGCUGAGAAAGUCAGAGAUGACAAAGGCGAAAGCAGCAACGAAUCGCAGCACGAGAACGCUUUCAAGCAGCUGGUGGAAGAACUAAGACCAGGACUGGAGCAGGGUCGGGCGUUUGACAUGGCGUCACUACUGAUCAAAUAUCAGGACUAUCUGUCAGAGAAAGGAGUGCCAGGAGAUGGCUACACGUCACAGCGGUUGAAGGAUCGUCUGAAGAGUUCCUUUGGAGAAGAAAUAACUUUCCAUCAACAGCUAGGGAAGGCCAAGCUGGAGCUGAUUUACUCGUCGAAUGUCAAACUGCAAGACGUUAUCAAUGUGUGGGCCAUCGCACAAAGUAAUCAGGUAAAUAGCAACAGUAUAACACAAAUAUGGUUUUAUGUAUGCAUAGGUAAUAGCAUGGUAUUUGGGAUAAAUACCACGAGUGGUAUUUCAAAAUUGUUACACAAAUAUGGGACAAUUUUGAAAUAUCACCAGUAGUACUUAGCCUUUCAACAAAAGCAAUGAUUUUGAAAUACCACUAUUAAGGAUAGAUUCCACUCCUCUUAGCCAAUCAAAUUGCAGAAUUUUCUUGAAUCAUAUUAUAAAUAGCGUUAUACCACUAAUCGGCCAGGGCUACAAUCUACCAAUAAUACAAAAUCGAAAGCUAUGAGCUUCAAUGUUUGUUAUUGUCGUUAACAUUUAGGAAGACGACGGAAAUUGUAAGCGAAUUGCAAGUCUUGCAGGAGGUAUAAGGGCCGAGAUGACAACAUGUUCUGGAAUAACAGCAAGACCACUGGAUGUGAAACAAGUCGUGCCUAACAGCCUAUACUGGUUGAUUCGCUUUCUGGUAACCGGUGAAGCUGGCAAAACAAAUUGCCGCUCUCAGUGUUCGAACACCUCAAACGAGCAUCAAAUAUUAAGUAUUUGUCAGGACAUAAUCCACUGCUCAACCAAUGGCCGGGUAAAGACUCCAAAGCAUGCGGGAUUAGCCAUUACAGUCCAUCAUUUGACAUCUUCUCGACGUCUAAUAACACUGUUGAAUAAAAUGGGGCACUGCUCCUCCUACGACGAGAUGCGGGCUAUCGACACCAGUGCUGCGCUAGAGGUGCUUGCGAAGGCUAAUGAAUUUGGAAUGGUUAUCCCUUCUAACAUUUCUCCCGGUCCCUUUAUUCAAAUCGCCGCCGACAACAACGAUCUUAACGAGGAGACGUUAGAUGGCAAAAAUACGACCCAUGCUACCACAAUGGUGGUAUAUCAGAGAAAGGCAUUUGGUCCUGAUCUGCCCCCAGCGCCACUGGUGGAUCACACCACCAAGCGAAGGUCUUUGCAGUCAUCGUCCAGUAUUUAUGACAUACACGAGUGCUAUGCUCACGGACGAAGGCCCGCGGUAUCUGCAUACGUGAAUCAAGUAGAGAAUAAGUGGUUUGAAGAUGGAAAGGAGUGCUUUAUCGAUGCAAGUCAGAGUGAUGAAGUUUGGCGCUUGAUGCGACUUCAUCCAUCUAGUUUACAGCAAGCCUCAGAGCCCGGCAAUAAUCAACCCGUUCAAGGCUGGAGUGGCUUCAAUGCCAUUCUAUUCCCAGAGAUGGCUUACGAGAGCAACAUUGGAUACUGCCCAAUGAUAGACGGAAACUCAACCGAGUAUAGUACCAUAUACACAGUCCUGAAGCAUGCACAGAAGUUAACAUCUGCUCUGGGGCAACAGGACACUGUGGUGACAUUUGACUUUCUCAUUUACAUGAAGGCGAAACAGAUCCAAUGGCGAUAUCCUGAAGAAUUCGUUAAAGUCAUCACCAGGAUGGGUGGAUUUCACAUAGCCUUGAAUUACCUUGGUUUGAUCGGGAAGAAGUAUCUAGACUCAGGUCUUGAUGACCUUCUCAUUGAAUCUGGAGUAUAUGCUGCGGGGACCACGGCAGCGUUAAUGAAAGGCAAAUCCUACAAUCGAGGUGUAAGGGCCCACAAGUUGGUCUCGGAGGCUAUGUUUCGCCUGAUGUGGUCAGCGUUCGUGGAAUGGUACGCCAGUGCCGAUGAUGUCAGCCUAAAUGAAGAAGAACGUGUUUUACAAUGCAUCAGUGAUGGUAUUCACGCCCUGCAACAGGAUCAAGGUAAUGUUUCUGAGACGGUUGCCCAACUUGGUGACGAUCUACGCGAACUAAGCACCCUAUUCAAGACCUUCAAGGAAAAAACGAGAGCUGCGUCCAAGACGCUCUUAUUCUGGGAACAGUACAUUGAAAUGGUAGAUAUUCUCUUGCAGUUCAUCAAAGCAGAACGGUCUGGAAACUGGGACUUAUAUCUGUCAGCCUUAGCCGAAAUGACACCACAUUGUUUCGCCAUGGACCGGCCAAACUAUGCGCAAUGGUUACCAGUGUACAUCGCAGACAUGAACAUGCUAGAGUCUCGUCAUCGAAAGGUACACGAAGAGUUUCUGGCAGGAAAUUUCUCU